AUGCUUCGUUCAGAUGAUGAAAGGGCGUUAAAGAUACUGCGUCGUUGGACAAAUUGUCAGCGUACUUCUGAAGUCAAUAUUGAUCUCCUACUUCAGCUUCGACAGCUUGCUCCAAUCCAACAAAGGGAAGUCCUCAGGGAGCUAAAGCGUCCAAGGAGCUGGAUCCACAAAAUUAAUCAAAACUCAGUUGUCACAUCAGUCAUUAUCUGUACCCUUGAUUAUCAAUGCACCUUUGAGCUGAAUGCUCUUUUGGAUUGUGGAGCCACUGGCUGUUACAUUGAUGAAGGAUUUGUACGAGCAAAAGGUCUCAAUCUUGAACCACUCCCUCGACCCAUCCCAGUCUAUAAUGCGGAUGGCUCGCAUAAUGAAGGAGGUCCAAUUCGAUCGGUGGCAAAGAUGCAUCUUCAAAUACAAGACCAUGUCAAAGUUUUUAACUUUGCAGUAACAAACACCGGC